AUGGGCACUGGCAUUUCAAAGGUGAAGGUGGCGGAAAGCCCCGCGACACCAAAAAGUGACCUUAAAGGCGCCAAAGAUGAUCCGAACAAGAACAAGAAGAUGACCAAGAAUGAAAAGAAGAACGAUGAGAAGAAAAAAAGUGCAAAGGCAAAACCGUUUGAUAAAAAUAAGCCCAGUGAGAAGAAGAAAAGCGAAAAGAAGCCAUUUGAUGCAAAGAAAAAGAGUGAAAAGAAGAAAAGUGAAAAAGUAAAGAGCGCCAAGAAGACGGUAGAUAAGAAGGUCAGCGAUAAAAAGGUCGGUGAUAAGAAGGUCAGCGAGAAAAAAGUCACGCCCAGUGUGAAGAAGACCAGUGAAAAGAACAAAAAGAGUGAAAAUAAAAAAACAAAGCCGACCGGCAAAAAGGACACGGCAAAAACAACAAGUGGCAAGAGCGACCAGAAGAAGCAGCAGAAGAAAAUUCUUGAGACGAAAGUGCCAAAAUUUCGAUCACUGGGCUCUAAAAUGUUCACCAAGCCGCCGGCUAGUUCUUCCUCUAAUGUCAAGCAAAANAGCAAAAAGGACACGGCAAAAACAACAACAAGUGGUAAGAGCGACCAGAAGAAGCAGCAGAAGAAAAUUCCAGAGCCGAAAGUACCGAAAUUUCGAUCACUGGGCUCCAAAAUGUUCACCAAGCCGCCGGCUAGUUCUUCCUCUAAUGUCAAGCAAAAGGAAUCUUUACUCAAAAAGAAAAAGGACAAAAAGACGGCUGACGAAACAACUGGAUCUGAAGAUGAUAUUGACGAUAUCAUUUCUUCCGAUGACACAGGUGACGAUAGCAACGAUCAAGGCGGUAAGGGCGUUCAGGUGAAGACGAUAGUCUUGGAAGAGUUGUUCAAGAAAGGCAAGUCUAAGAAAGGCAAAAUGGCUGGGCAAGAUGACCUCCACCUGUCUAAGGGCAAGAAAGGGGAGCCUGACACGGUUUACAAGUUCGAAGAGCUGGAAGACUCGGAUUCAGGUGAGCUGCCCGAGAUUCCUGAAGAUGGCACACAGAGUGAGGACGACUUUGGGCAAGGAAAAGAGAAGGAUGUUGUCAGAAAAGAGGAAAAGAAAGAAGUGAAAAAGUCGCCAGUGAAGGAAGUGGAGAAGCUUUCAAGUAAAGAUACAGCAAUACAAGCUGGAUUGUAA